CUGGACUCUGAUGCUAACGCUUCUCAACGACCUACUAUGCUGCCCAUCCCACGGCAGGUUGCAUUUCUAACGUACAUAGUCUUAUUAUUACCCAAAAUUUACGCCAGACUCGCUGACGACUCUAUAGUGCAUUGCAAUUCUUCAACCUGUAAGCCCUGCCCUGAUUGGUGUCAUUUGGAUGCUCGCCUAGUGCAACCAUUCCUAGAGGCUGUAUGACAGAAACAGUUUGGGUUCUGGUAGUUUCCGAACGCCCAGUUCUCGCCCGUAAUCCAUGGUAUUUCUCUACAUCCGAUCGUUCAUUUCUUCUUCAUCGGGCGAAUCAGAAAAAUGACCAGACCCCCUUGGCUGCCCCUGGUAAUUCUAAUGACAGCAUUAACCACGUUAGGCUGUGGCUUAGAUGUUGCAGUGUCAUCGGCAAGAAUCCAAAAUGUUGUUCUGGUGCAUGGGCGUCGUGAUGACAUUAUUGGAUGGUGUACGUCCCAAGCGGUAACUGACAUACUGGUGGCAGGGAGUAUGGUGGCGCUGCUAUGGCGUAGUCGCACUGGGUUUCGACGAACGGAUCGGGUUCUCACCUUGAUGGGAAUAUACGCCGUGAACACCGGCUUAGUACCAUGCAUCAUGGCCAUCGUAAUGGAAAUUAUCUUUCUGUCUUACACGAGAUCGGUCCAUUUUAUUUACGUCCUCUUCAAUACAUCUUUAGGAGGGGUGUACACCUUCACUCUCCUUGCAAACUUAAAUGCACGAAUUCGCAUGCGGUCGUGCCUCCGCCCGAAAAAGGGUGAAGCGAUCAAUAAUGAGUCUAUCUUCAUUCCUCCACAGAGCCUGCGGAUCGGACCAAGUCCACCACAUUUGAGCGGCGAUGCUCCCGGCGUCCAAUAUACCAAUGAGCGUUACGCAGUGGUUUCAAGUGAUGAUAUACCGAUGGGUGAUGUUGUUACCGCAUAAACCCUGUUUCAAGAACCUGAGGGGAAAGGUAUUCUAAUCAGCCGGCUAUUAUCAUUAUGC